AUGACCCCUUUCAAGCAAGCCCCGAACAAGAAAACUGCGAAGGUGGGGGAUGUGGAAUCUAUCCAGCUUGAGGGAAAAGAGACCCAGCAGAGCAAGUCCGUCAUUGAAUCACCCGUGUAUGGUAUCGAUGAGGCGCAUCAGAAAAGGGUUAUUCGACGCGUUGACCUUCGCCUCCUCCCAAUACUUGGGAUUAUGUAUUCCAUAUCUCUCAUUGAUCGGACAAACCUUGGUCUUGCCUUUGUGGCGGGAAUGGAGGAGGAUCUCGGACUUGACAUCGGUAAUAGAUAUACCAUCAUUGUCAUGGUAUUUUUUGUGGCCUAUAUUGUAUUCGAGAUACCUAGCAAUAUGAUACUCCCUAAAGCUGGUGCAGCAAACUGGUUGGCAUUUCUUGGCUUUAGCUUUGGGGCAAUCCUGAUCGGCAUGGGUUUCACCCAAAGUUGGAGCACAAUGGCGGUUUGCCGGACUCUCUUAGGCAUUAUGGAAGCGGGUUUCCUCCCAGGUUGCACAUAUCUGAUCACAUGUUGGUACACACGAUUUGAAGUGGGAAAAAGACUUGCUAGCUUCUGGCUGGUGUCUGUUAUACUGAAUGCCUUUGCCGCGAUCUUUGCGUAUGCCUUGACCUUGCUUAAGGGUACCUAUGGCCUAAACGGAUGGCGAUGGAUAUUUAUAAUCGAGGGAGCGAUCACCAGUGGUGUUUGUCUCAUUGGGUGGUUUAUUAUCAUCGACUUUCCGACCCAAGCAGAUAAAUUUCUAAAGCCGGAGGAAAAGGACUUCAUCAUCGCUCGCAUUAACAACGAUCGUGGAGAUGCGGAGGAAGAUCUAGUAACAUUUGAAGGUGUGCUUCAUCAUCUUAAGGACUGGAAGUUGUAUGUCUGGGCAUUCAAUCUCAUGGCCUCCACUCUACCCGGCUAUGCGUACAGCUACUUCAAGACAGUCAUCCUUAUGGGCAUGGGCUUUACCAGCACACAGAGCCAGCUUCUUAGCGCCCCUCCGUACAUCCUCGCUGCUAUAUCUACCUACUUGGGUGGCUGGUUAACCGACAAAUACCAGAUUCGCGGGCCGGUCAUUGCACUUCACCAACUCUUGACAGCCGUGGGGAUGGUAAUCACUGCCUAUGGCGGUGCAAGCGGGACAAGGUAUUUUGGGAUCUUUCUAGGUGUCGGAUUCCUGCAGUUUUGUAUCCCCGGCGUGCUGGCAUUUCAAGCGAACAACAUCACUUCCCAUUCCAAGCGCGGAGUCGCAUCAGCGACCUGUCUGAUUGGAGGGGGCCUUGGAGGCAUCAUUGCAAGCGUCACGUUCAAAUCUAGUGAGAGUCCGCAUUAUACGACAGGCAUUUGGGUAACAUUUGGGAUUACAAUGGUCAGUAUAUGCUUAAUCCUGAUGAUGGACUUUCACUUUUGGAAAACGAACAAAAAGGCCAAGGAGACACAUUGUCAGAUUGAGGGCAUGAACGAGUGGUAUUAUACACUUUGA